AUUAUAGAACAAUAGGUUGCGGUCACCGGUGACCGCUUGGUGUUUGACAGUUUAAACAAUAAAUAAACAUAGAAUAAUAGCUACCUAUAAUUUUUGCCGCAUUUAUUUAUUUUUAAAUAUUUUAAUGUUACUGAAGAAUGAAUACAUUUUUGAAACUAAAAAUGUUAAGAGGUAGCGCUCAUAAGGAAAAGAUCGCUCGGAGGCAUCUAACUGAUUUCUCUGACUGUGUAAACUUACCUGAUUCUUAUUUACUAAAGAAUUGUGGUGUGAAUAGAAAUGUAUUCCAUAAUAUUCUAAGAUUACUUGAACCUGUCGUUCCAAAAACUCAAAGAUCUAAUGGGAUACCUUUUCCUUUAAAGGUUUUAGUGACCCUGUCGUUCUUAGCCAGUGGCUCUCAUCAGAAAUCAGUUGGCAAAGAUUUCAGUGUCAACAUAUCACAGAAAUCUGUUAGCAGAGUUAUCAAGAUUGUGGUUGAGGGCCUCAACAUGGUACUAAAUAACUGCAUCAUAUUUCCCAGUACUGCAAUGCAAAGAAACCAAAUCAAAGAAGGAUUUUACAGAAAAUAUCAUUUUCCUGAAACCAUUGGCUGUAUAGAUGGUACUUAUGUUGAAAUAGUGUGUCCAAGAGAUGAUGAAGAGGCAUUCUAUGACAGAAAGGGACAAUACUCCAUUCAUGCACAAAUUAUGUGUGAUGCUGAUAGUAAAAUAAUAGCAAUAUGCUGCAGGUUUGGUGGAGCAGCUAGUUGUGCAUACAUUUGGAACAAAAUGAACAUCAGACCUUUUGUUGAGAGCAUCAGCAGACAGGGAGAGAUGAGUUGGCUCAUUGCUGAUAACAAGUAUCCACAAAGAGCCUGGCUAAUGACUCCAAUACUGCAUGCACCUCAGGGCACACCUGACUCCCAGUACAAUCAUUUUCAAGGUAGAACUAGGAGUUGUAUUGAGAGAUGUAUAGCCAAGCUGAAAGGCAGGUGGCAAUGUCUUCACAAAAGACCACUACAUUAUACACCAGAGCAAGCAGCAAAAAUAAUAAAUGCUUGUGCAGUAUUGCACAACCUGUGCACCAGGGCAGGCUUGCCUGAUCCCCAGCCUUAUGUGGACCCAGAACCAAUGCCAGUUAUAAAUGAAGUCACAGAUAUGCCUGAAGAUAAUGUCAAUGACCUGUAUAUAGGUAUAGAAGUGAGGAGGCAGCUGGCUGAAAGGAUCUACUAUAGUGUGUAGUCUAAGACUGAUUUAAAAU